AUGGCAAAUUUCUUGCGAAAAAAACUGAAUUCUAUACAUUCGAAAUUAUUAUUCAAUAAUGGCUAUUUUAAACAUAAAAUACGGAAACGAAAAAAUCCAAAGAAUCUAAAUCAACAUCAAAUUCAUCGUCGAUUUAUAGCGUUAAAAUUUCAUCAUUGUUUAUUGCUAUUUUUCGAUACAGAAUUUAUCAUUCUGUUGGGAUUAUUUGUACAGAUGGCCAUUUUGAAUGUAACUUUUGGCAAUGAAAUUCUCUGGUAUGGUUUACGAAUAUUUCAAUAUUACAUUUUCACCAUUUCAUCGAAAUAUCCCAUUAAUAUAUUUGAAUUGAUGUUUCCAAUAUUCACUAAAUGUUCGAUACGAACAUUUGGCACAAGCGGUAUGGAAAUCCAUUAUGAUGGUCUAUGUCAACUUCGUUAUAAUUAUUGUAAUCGUAUAACAUUUGCAUUGAUUUGGUUUCUAUAUUUUUCGAUCAUUUUAUCAAUUGUAAUGACAUUUAUUCAAAAAAUUUUAAUCAUUCUAAUCAAACAAUAUCGUCGAUCAAUAAUUAUAACGAAAUUAAUCAAUGAUGAUGAUGAUGAUGAUGACGAUGAAACAUUGAAAAGAAAAUUUCAAAAAAAACAUCUGGAUUUAGACAUUUUUAUCACCGUAAAUUGUUUGAUAGAACAAUUUGGUAAGGCAAGAACAAAACAGAUUAUCUUUGAACGAUCAUUCGAUGAUAAUGAUGACAAUAAUGAACAUGAAGAUAUUGCUUUGCUUGAGAUUGGAAUUGUGGAUCGAAUUUCAUCAACAACAACAACAACAAUAACAACCGCCACCAACAACACACAACCAUCAUCAUCACCAUUGCUGUCACCAUAG